GGCGCUCCUAGACAGUCCUGGCUGAGACUCCGCCCGGAACCUUGGCGCCGUGACGCAGGUUUCCGGCGGGCUUCUUAGAGCGCUGAACAGCUUUGGGCCGAAGGACCAUGAGAGGGCCGGAGUCGGGUCCCGAGCCUACGAUGGAGGGCGACGUGCUGGACACCCUGGAGGCGCUGGGGUAUAAGGGACCACUGUUAGAAGAGCAAGCCCUUACCAAGGCAGCAGAGGGUGGACUGUCUUCACCUGAAUUUUCAGAGCUCUGUGUUUGGUUAGGCUCUCAGAUAAAAUCAUUGUGCGACUUGGAAGAAAGUAUCACUUCAGCUGGGAGAGAUGAUCUAGAAAGCUUCCAGCUUGAGAUAAGUGGGUUUUUAAAAGAAAUGGCAUGUCCAUAUUCUGUACUCGUAUCAGGAGAUAUUAAAGACCGUUUAAAAAAGAAGGAUGACUGUUUGAAGCUUCUAUUAUUUUUAAGUACAGAGCUUCAAGCUUUACAGAUACUGCAGAACAAGAAACAUAAAAAUUCUCAAUUAGAUAAAAACAGUGAAAUUUAUCAGGAAGUUCAAGCUAUCUGUGAUACUCUUGGUGUACCCAAGUCAGCAACUUCUGACAUUCCGCUUAUGCUAAACCAAGUGGAAUCAAAGGUGAAAGAUAUUCUCUCCAAAGUCCAGAAGAAUCAUGUGGGAAAACCACUGCUGAAAAUUGACUUAAAUCUGGAACAGGCGGAACAACUGGAAAGAAUCAAUGAUGCUCUUUCUUGUGAAUAUGAGUGCCGCCGGCGGAUGCUAAUGAAACGGUUAGAUGUGACCGUGCAGUCCUUUGGUUGGUCUGAUAGAGCAAAGGUAAAAACAGAUGACAUAGCAAGAAUUUACCAGCCUAAGCGUUACGCUUUAUCACCCAAGACAACAAUUACACUGGCACAUCUACUUGCUGCUCGUGAAGAUCUGUCCAAGAUCAUUAGAACAAGUAGUGGCUCCAGCCGUGAGAAGACGGCAUGUGCCAUUAAUAAGGUGCUGAUGGGAAGGGUGCCUGACAGAGGAGGACGGCCGAAUGAAAUAGAACCACCACCCCCUGAAAUGCCCCCUUGGCAAAAGAGACAAGAAGGCGGCGGAAGGGGUGGUUGGGGUGGUGGAGGUGGAGGUGGUGGGGGUGGUCGAGGAGGUGGUGGGGGUGGAAGAGGUGGCUGGGGAGGUGGGGGAGGUUGGGGAGGUGGGGGAGGAGGAGGAGGGUGGGGAGGAAGCGGGGGAGGGGGUGGUAGAGGAGGAGGUUUCCAAGGCAGAGGAGAUUAUGGGGGGAGGGGAGAUUACGGUGGAAGAGGAGGGGGCUAUGGUGGAAGAGGGGGCUAUGGUGGAAGAGGUUAUGGAGAUCCGUAUGGAGGGGGUGGGGGUGGAUAUAGAAGAUAUUAAAAACUACCAAAAUUAGAUAGCAGUGCUUACUUCUUGGCAGAGACAUUAGGUGUAGUGUUCUAAAUAACAUACUUGAAUGUCAUCUUUGAAGUAAACACCAUGUUAGAUUCCCUGAUGCCAUUCUUGAAUUGGGUUAAUCUGUAAGAGCAUUGUUUUAUACUACCAUCUGAUCUGAUCUCUUAGAGUGAUGCUUUUUCCAUAUUCUGUGUACCCUUGAGCAUGUCUUUUUAAAAAAGAAUGAGCAAAAAUUAUUUUUAAAAAUGUAAAUAUUUAUUACCAUCAGACUUAGAAAAUGGAAAGUAUUUUAUUGUCAUGAUUGAAUUUAGAUUGUUACCUGUAUUUUAUUCAGGUUUGAAACACAUAAAUUACCCAACUUGUAACGGAAAGGAAUAUAGACUAUUGCCUCAUCUGUAUUCCUGUGGCCGUGUUUUGUAUUUGAUAAUUAUACUUUAUUAAAUAGGGAAAGGGGCUGAUCUGAUAGUUGUGUUCAAUAGGUAGUUGUCAUGACUUGUUUGUUCUUUUAUAGGCAGCGAUUCCUCUGACCAGGUUUCUGUUAAAGUUCCAUUAAUUGAAGCUCAAGCCUACUUUUUGCUAUAUAUAUUUAUUUCCCAGGUGGAUUUGAAAUCUGUGAUUUUGUUUAACAAAGCAAAGUUAAAGACUGAGGUCAGAAUUAUUCUAAAGGUAUGAGGACAAGCAAUAAUUUUACAUGGUGAUGUAAAAAAUAUUCAUAUAAACUGGUCUCUUCAUUUGUAUCAUCACCUUAGGUGUUUGAAUAUUAAAAGGCAGGCUGAGCUGUAUUGCUCAGGAUUAGGGCAGUAAUUGCCAGUUUCAGUCCAUCAGAGGUAGGAUCAGGGCAUCCCUUGGAAUUUCUGAUUCAUAGCUCGAUUUGGGAAACAGAGUUAGGGAAUGGUUACAUGUGGUUUGGUGGUUGGAGCAGGUAAAAGUUUGGAGAUCAAGAGUUGUGAAUUUGAAUCAUGGCACUAGCCCAGGGGUGCUGUGGGCUGAAAUGACCAUAGCUCUCAAGGAUUGAUUUGUCCUCAUUUGUCAAAUGAGGAGUGUUACACUUGCACUCUUCUCAGAUUGUUUCAUAAAGAUGUAAGUAUAAGUGCCAUUUAUUGAGGGCUUGUUGUGAAUGGUUUAAGAAGUGGGCCAAGUAAUGCAUUUUUCUCUUAGUACAGAGAGUUAGAUAAGAUAGUCACACACGUUUUUUUCAUUCCCACUGUAAAAUGUGUGUCCCAGUGUGGGCUCGUGCUCGACACCUGUGCGUAACAACUUUCUGUGAUCUAGCAAACUCAACAGAUAGAAAGCUGGUUACCAGUGGACGCAUGGUAUUUGAUAUUUGGCAGUUUCAUUGUUGUUUUGUUUUGCUUUACAGUAAACCCUGUAGUGAAAACUAAAAUAAUGUUAAAACUUUAAAAGUAAAUAUUGUGUAUACUGCAGUCUUUGCCAUGUAUUUUUCAAGCUAACUCUUCAAAGAAAUUUGUUCAGGACAGGAAAACAAACUUUAGGUUAUUUGUAAAAUAGAUUUUAAAAAUGUGUUUAUAUUUAAUGAAGAUACUUAAUUUCACUUGUGAUAGUUGGGGAAAAAAAAAAGGCUUUCCGUAAUUAAAACAUUCUUUUCAAUAGCUAUGAAUUCUGAAAAAUAAAUAAUUUUUAAAAAUA